AAUAGAGAAGAAGAAGAAGAAGAAGAAGAAGAAAAUGGGCUCAACAUUAUUAACCUUCUCCCCAUCAUUCAUAAUUUCCCCAUCUUCCUCUAAAAUACGCCAUUGUGUAAUACCUCCUAAACGUCACUCAUCUUUUUCAUCUUCUUCUACUGCUAGUGCCACUGUUUCCUCGCAUUCUCAUAGAACUCAUAUACCAUCUCAUGUAUAUACACACCCAUCUGCUAUUCUUCUUGAAAUUUGUUCAAACAUGAAAGAACUUAAUCAAAUCCUUCCUCUAAUAAUAAAAAACGGAUUUUACCAGGAACAUUUAUUCCAAACGAAAUUAGUUAGUUUAUUCUCUAAAUUCGGUAGAUUACGUGAAGCUCGAGUGAUUUUUGAUCCAAUCGAAAAUAAAGUGGAUCCUCUUUAUCAUACAAUUUUAAAGGGUCAUGUUAAAAAUUCUUCACUUGAAGAGACUGUAUCAUUCUUCGCUAAAAUGUUAUGUGAUGAUAUUCGUCCUGUUGUUUAUAAUUUUACUUAUUUGUUGAAGAUUUGUGGAGAUAAAUCUGAUCUUAGAAUGGGUAAAUUGGUUCAUUCUCAGUUGAUUUGUAAUGGGUUUAGUACAAAUGUUUACUCUAUGACAGCAGUUGUUAACAUGUAUGCAAAGUGUCAUCACAUUGACGAUGCUUGGAAGAUGUUUGAGAGAAUGCCUAACAGAGAUUUAGUUUCCUGGAAUACUGUUAUUGCUGGGUACGCUCAAAAUGGGUUUCCAAGGAAGGCUUUGGAGUUAGUUUUGAGGAUGCAAGAAGAUGGGAAUUCGCCUGAUUCGGUUACAGUUGUUACAGUUUUACCUGCUUGUGGGGAUAUCAAGUCCUCAAGAAUUGGUAAAUCGAUUCAUGGGUAUGUUAUAAGAGCUGGUUUUUGGUCGUUAGUAAAUGUUUCAACUGCACUUAUGAACAUGUAUUCAAAAUGUGGGUUGAUAGGGAAAGCUAGAUUAGUUUUCGACAGGAUGAGAACGAGAAAUGUAGUUUCUUGGAAUUCUAUGAUUGAUGGAUUUGCUGAGAGUGGAGAUUCGGAAGCAGCUAUUCUGAUCUUUAAGAAGAUGAUGAAGGAAGGCGUGGAACCAACUGAUGUUACUAUUAUGGGAGCAUUACAUGCUUGUGCUGAUAUGGGGGAUCUAGAACAAGGGAGAACUGUUCAUGAACUAUCUAAUAGAGUCGGGCUGACUUCAAAUGUUUCAGUGACAAACUCUUUGAUUGCGAUGUAUUCCAAAUGUAAGAGUGUAGACUUAGCUGCUGAGCUGUUUGGGAAGUUAAAGAAGAAAACUCUUGUUUCCUGGAACGCUCUGAUCUUAGGUUAUGCACAAAAUGGACGAGUAAGUGAGGCCCUUGAUCUCUUCCGUAAAAUGGAUCAGGAAAACGUAAAACCAGAUUCGUUUACGAUGGUGAGUGUAAUUGCUGGCCUUGCAGAUUUGUCGGUUUUACGUAAAGCUAAGUGGAUUCAUGGACUUAUUGUUAGAUCUCACUUGGACAAAAAUAUUUUCGUCAUGACCGCUUUAGUAGAUAUGUAUGCCAAGUGUGGGGGUGUUCACACGGCAAGGAAACUAUUCAACAUGAUGGAAGACCGUCAUGUUAUGACAUGGAAUUCAAUGAUAGAUGGGUAUGGGACCCAUGGUCUCGGAAAAGAAGCCGUGGAACUCUUCGAGGAAAUGCAACACAGUGUAGUCAAACCAAACAAUGUGACCUUUCUCUGUGUUCUUUCAGCAUGUAGCCACUCUGGUUUGGUGGAUGAAGGUUGUAAAUUCUUCACCAGCAUGAAGCAAGAUUAUGGGUUGGAGCCAGCAAAUGAUCACUAUGGAGCCAUGGUUGACCUUCUUGGCCGUGCGGGACGGCUUAAAGAAGCUUGGGAUUUCAUCGAGAAGAUGCCUACUAAACCAGGGAUUAGUGUGUUUGGUGCCAUGUUGGGAGCUUGCAAGAUUCACAAAAAUGUUGAGUUAGCAGAGAAAGCAGCAGGGAGAUUGUUCGAAUUGGACCCUGAAGAAGGUGGGUACCAUGUUUUAUUAGCGAAUAUCUAUUCUGAUGCUUCAAUGUGGGAAAACGUAGCUAAUGUGCGGAAAAUUAUGAGCAAGAAAGGGCUUCAAAAGACACCAGGUAUAAGUUUGAUUGAGUUGAGAAAUGAAAUCCACACAUUUUAUUCUGGUAGUACAAGUCACCCGCAGUGCGAAAAGAUAUAUGCAAGGCUAGAGAAAUUAGUCGACGAGAUUAAAAAAGCUGGCUAUGUACCUAAUACGAAUUCCAUACAUGAUGUCGAAGAUAAUGUGAAGAAACAACUUGUCAACACCCAUAGCGAGAAACUUGCUAUUUCUUUUGGGCUUAUAAACACUAAUCCAGGAACCACCAUCCACAUUCGGAAGAACCUUCGUGUAUGCGGUGACUGCCAUAACGCCACUAAGUAUAUCUCUUUAGUAACAGGAAGAGAAAUCAUAGUGAGGGAUAUGCACCGGUUUCACCACUUUAAGAAUGGAAGUUGUUCAUGCGGGGAUUAUUGGUAAAUCAAUCUUUUCUGCAUAGCUGGUGAUAUUGUUUCUUUUCAUGUUGGUAGAUUUUGAUCGAGUUGGUGUUUUUUGGAUACAUAUGUACUGAUAAAUGAGUGCAUUCUUUGAAGAUUAUUAACUAAUAAAACGACUCUCAAGGAAUAACUGUAACAUUUAACAGUGGUUCUUUCCGGCUGAAAAAAGCAAGUCUCUAUUAGGUUGUCAGUGGUCUGCAAAAAAAAAUAAAAAUAAAAAAUAAAGGUACAUGCGUCCUGCCUGGAGACGAACCCGGGUCUAUUGCUUGGAAGGCAAUUAUCCUAACCGUUGGACUACAAUCGCUGAUUGGUUGGACAAGGCUACGUAUUUAACUAGUACAACGCGUCAGUAAGACGGCCAGGAGUCGGAAACAGCCGAGUGCAGUUUCGUGGACAGUGUUUGAAGUGAAGGAUGUCGAUUGAAUACCUAAUAAAUAUUGUUAGAGAUUUAAAUCGAGUUGUAAUAAAUUUGAAGUAAAACUCGCAUCUAAUAGAGUCGAAUCAGA